AUGAGUUACCAACCCCAAGACCAAGACUUGACCAAGCUGCAGCAGUACACUGCGUGCGAUAUCUCGGAUGCCCUGCUCAAGCUAAAAGUUCCAGGAGCCGGCUUUGUUGCCGAUUUGAACCUUUACAGCCCUCCCGAGGGUGAUGGAGUGUCAGUUACCGUUGCGCCAGUUUCAACCGUCUUAUUCGCUCCGAAAGGACGGGACCUGGCCGAGCCGCAGAGGAACAUACCCGAGGGGACGCACUGGGUUGAUCUAACAGAGCCAGGCACCAUUGUGGUUCUCAAACAGCCAGACGGUCAGAAGAAUGCCGUCUGCGGGGGCAUAAUGGCGAUUCGGAUGAAAGUGUGUCAAGCCAAGGGCGUUGUCGUGGCAGGGCGGGUCAGAGAUAUUCAGGAACUAAAGAGCACUUCUCUACCGAUUUGGGCUCGAGGGCUGUCCACUAUUGGAGUCGGUGGAGGUAGCGUACCCUGGGCGAUUCAGGUACCUCUCGACAUUGACGGUACUCUCGUCUGUCCCGGCGACCUGGCAUUUAGCGAUCCAAUCAACGGAGUGGUCUUCAUUCCCAAGGACAAGGUUGCUUCGGUUAUUGAGUUGCUGCCCAAGCUGACAACGGCUGAUGACAAGGUCAAAGAGGAUGUUCUUGGUGGAUCAACCGUCUACGAGUCCUUCAAACUCCACAGAAGUAAUAUAUGA